CGCCACCGAGUUCAACUUGAAGUUAGCGCUAGCCUUCCCCGUUUGAGCAUGUCGAGGUUGUUCUUCCUUUCUCGGGCCCUCCUGGCCGCCCUCUUGCAGUGUGGGUCAGCCCUCCAUGUCAACGUCGGUGCCAAGGAAGCCGCCACCCGCCUGGGCUCCGUCACCGCCCUGACCUCGAACCUGACGGCCCUCAUGGCCGCCGGGCGUAAGACCUUUGGCUACACGACCACCGAAUACAACGACGUAUUCCUGACGGGCUGCCCCGAGCGUAAAAAGCCGACGCGAAGGCGCGUCUCAGUGCGUGAUGGAUCAUACGUUUGCAAUGGCAUGCAGGUGUGAGGAAGUAUCUCUUCAUGGCGCCGAGCAAGGAGGUCAACACGAAGGAAAACGCGCGGCCGUGGAAGGGGAGGCAGGUGGCCGUUGGCAAGUCGGGAGGGAACGUCAUCUGCGAGCGAGCAAUCGCUACAAUAUAUACGCAUACAGGAGAGUUUUUCCUGUGGCUUUUUUCCAGACAAGAAGCUGACCUAUCACCACACCAUCAGCAAGUCCUUCCUCAAAAUGUUCUGGUAAGCCGCUGGAGAGGCACGACGUAUCAACACUGAGAUGGCUAAUGCAUCUGGUGUGUGGCAGGAAUACCUUGGUGUGCUCCGGCAAGUUCAACAACGAGCUCGCCCAGCUCCUCACCGUAAUUAGUGGGGAGGCCCGAGAGUACGCCUUCAAGAAGCGCGUAACAGAGAAGACUGCGUCCCUGUGGCAAGUGUGGGCGACCCACUUUGACUCUUUCACGAUCAAACACCGCAAUGAGAAGAAGGCCUGGAUGAGAUUCAAAAAGAGCUUCCUCUGGAUGCCUGUAAGUCACGGCAUGCCCACAUUGCUAUACUCGACUAAGUCGACUUCCAUCCCUUUUCUAUUGUGGACUGACAGGGCGAGCUCGUGAAGGGACCACACCCGUCGAUGCGCGCGUCGGACCCCGGGGACGCCUUCGAUGAAGAGACGUGCUGGUUUCACCGAUGCGUCCAGCACGAAGAUGGUACCGUCGAGCCUUCGUGUCCCUGGUACCAUUACGUUGGAGCGGUACGAAUCAUCUAUAUGGCCACUUUGCGCACUCCUGCCGUAUGUAUGUCUGCACUGUCCACAAUUAUAUUGACAGGUGGUCCAGCAUGUCAUCACCGGUGUGGCCGACGGCAGAUACGAUCCCCUUUACAUCGACCAAUAUCCCGGCACUGACGAGGAUGGACUGACGAAGACCACAUUUCUCAGAGAUCAGAUCAAGUGGGCACUCUGGCACCUCCAGACGUUCAUCAGCUUCAACGGUCAGUCUGAGACACACGCACAGAUGGCGGAUGUAUUGACUCUUUCACAUCACCUGCACAUGCCACACAGGUGACAGCGAGGCGUGGAUGCCUGCCUGGUGGGCUUGGGUGAACACCAAAAGGGGUCCCAGGUGGCAGGCCAAGACGGGCAAGCUGAAGCGCCUCGCCCAGGAGAACCCCGAUCUCUACUGCCAGAUCACCAAUGGCUUCGUUCACGAGACGGACCCUUCCAGCGAAGAAGAGGAGAGUUGGGUGCCCGGCGACCUCUUCGAGCCAAUCCCUGGCUUCCCCUACGUCGAACACGAGCCUGAGGAAAUGGACAAGGUCGCCCACGAAAACACGAUUGUCGAGGCCACGGCAUCCAGCGACGAGGAGAGCGAGGGAGACGAGGAGGAGGAGAUGGACAUCUGGUGAACAGACACACUUGCAUGCACACACAGACGGCAGUCACGAGAGAGAGAGAGAGAGAGAGAGACAUUCGACUGGGUGACUGACUG